AUGACCGAGGGAGACCUGCUCUACGCCUUUUACCGCGGCGCUUUCGGUGCCAGCGUCAACGCCAACGCGGCCGAGUUUGUCGGUCUCGUCAGCGACAAGGACCCCGGUGGCCUCCGCAUUAUCGAAGUCGGCGCGGGCACGGGCGCGGCCGACCGCUUCACUGCCGACUCAUCGAUUUUGGACUUUGCCACGCUCGAUAUCGAGUCGGAUCCGACGGAUCAGGGAUUCGAGCCGGAGAGCUACGACCUGGUCGUCGCGGUCAACGUGCUCCACGCCACCAAGAGCAUCAAGGAGACGCUCGAGCACUGCUUCAAGCUCCUCAGGCCCGGCGCGACGGCCGCAAGGGGGGGGGGGACCACUUUGGGAUACGGUGUCGAUGUCGAUAUACGCGGUGACAAGGACGAGUACGAGGAGCCCGUUUCGCUCAUCAUCUCCACCAAGCCCGUGGCCCCCAAGGAGGCCGUCCCCGGCUUUGCCGUCAUUAGCACAGGGACUGAAGUCACCGAGAGCCUCGCCAAAACCAUCCAAGACCACUUCAAGUCCGCUGGCUAUGAGGCGACCGUGGCACAGUGGGGCAAGAUCACGAAGAGUGAGGAUGAUGACUGGGCCCGGUUGCGCGACGUCAUUCUUGGCUCCGCCGGCACGCUUUGGAUCACGGGCGGCGGAGCCAUAAACGACUGCCCGGAGCCGCUUAAAUCGCUAAUGGUCGGACUGGCUCGGGCCAUCCGCAACAAAAACGCGGGUGCUUGCCUCAGCACCCUUAACAUUAACCCCGCCUCAUCUCCUCGGUUCGAUGCCGCAAAGGCAGCUGAAAGCGUGCUCAAGGUGGCCAUUAGCCGCACGACCAGUGGCGACGGCGGAAGCGAAGUCGAAUUCGCAUCCCGCAACGGCAUCGUCUACAUUCCCCGAACCGAAUCCCUUGCCGAUGUGGACGCCAACCUUCACAGGCACGAGGCGCAGGGCGAGCCGAAGCUGGUGCCCCUAAAGGGCUACGGCCACCCGCUCAAGCUGACCAUCAAGACGCCCGGCCUGCUCGACACGUUCCGGCCUGCUCGACACGUUCCGGCGGGAGGAAGACGAAACCGCGACGUCCUCGUCGCCCUCGGCAACCUGCCCGAGUUCGCUCUCGGCGUGCACGCCAGUGGAGUCGUCAAGCGGCUCGGCAAAGCGUCCGCCUUCAAGCCGGGCGACAGGGUCAUAACGUCGACACGCGACGCUUUUGCCACCAUGCUACAAUUCCCUGCCAAGGGCGCCAUCAUAAUCUCCGAUCGCAUGAGCUUCGAGGAAGCGGCCUCGAUGCCACUGGUUUUCCUAACGGCAUACUAUGCUUUCGUGACGGUGGGCAGGCUGGAGAAGGGCGAGACGGUGCUUAUCCAUGCCGCCGCCGGUGGAGUCGGCCAGGCUACCAUCCAGAUCGCCCAGAGGCAGGGAGUCGGGAUUUUCGCCACGGUCGGCACGGACGGUAAGAGAAAGCUGGUGAGCGAGAGCUACGGCACCCCCGAGGACCACAUUUUUAGCAGCCGUGACCUGAGCUUCGCCACGGUUGUCCUGCGCGCAACUAACGGCAAGGGAGUCGACGUGGUUUUCAACUCGCUCGCGGGAAAGGCCCUCCGGCUCUCGCGGGAGAAGUGCCUGGCUCCCUUUGGACGCUUCCUUGAAAUCGGCAAGGCCGACCUGUUUGCUAAUACCGGGGGCAUGUCGCCGUUCCUGGACAACAAGGCGUACCUCGGAGUUAAUCUGCUCGACUUUGAGAACAACCCGACCCCGCGUGCCGUGGCCCUCUGGGAGGCGACCGUCGAGCUCAUCCACAGCGGCGCCGUCAAGCCCGUCCAGCCCGUCCAGCCCGUGUAG